UCAACGCCAUUUUUCGUAGGUUAUCGUGUAUUUACUAUUUAGGCCGGUGAAAAUCGACCUGAAAAGUCCAACGGAAGAUUGUCACUAAACACAGAAGGAAGUCGUAAUCUAACAUCACCAUGACAGACUCCAAGUACUUUACGACCACCAAAAAAGGUGAAAUAUUUGAGAUGAAGGGAGAGUUGAACAGCGAGAAGAAGGAAAAGAAGCGUGAAGCUGUUAAGAAGGUUAUUGCCAGCAUGACUGUUGGGAAGGACGUCAGCGCCCUCUUUCCGGACGUUGUCAACUGCAUGCAGACGGACAACCUCGAACUGAAAAAGCUCGUCUAUUUAUAUCUCAUGAACUAUGCGAAGAGUCAACCCGACAUGGCCAUCAUGGCUGUCAACACAUUCGUAAAGGACUGCGAGGAUCCGAACCCGCUGAUCCGCGCGCUCGCCGUCCGCACGAUGGGCUGCAUCCGCGUAGACAAGAUCACCGAGUAUCUGUGUGAGCCGCUGCGCAAGUGCCUCAAGGACGAGGACCCGUAUGUGAGGAAGACGGCGGCAGUCUGCGUCGCUAAACUGUACGACAUCAACGCUCAGCUCGUCGAGGACCAGGGCUUCCUCGAUGCCCUGCGCGACCUGCUGUCCGACUCCAACCCCAUGGUCGUUGCCAACGCUGUGGCUGCUCUGUCAGAGAUAAACGAGGCAUCCGGACAUCCCGUCAUCGAGAUGAACUCUCAGACCAUCAACAAACUUCUGACAGCUCUUAACGAGUGCACAGAGUGGGGACAAGUGUUCAUCCUUGAUUUUCUCGCUAACUACAACCCGAAGGACGACCGUGAGGCGCAAAGCAUCUGCGAGCGUGUCACGCCACGUCUGGCACACGCCAAUGCUGCAGUGGUGCUCUCUGCUGUCAAAGUUUGCAUGAAGCUGAUGGAGAUGAUGGUGUCAGAUUCCGACUACUGUUCCACGCUAACGAAGAAGCUGGCUCCUCCUCUGGUCACCCUCCUCUCGUCGGAGCCGGAGGUUCAGUACGUCGCACUCAGGAACAUAAACCUGAUUGUCCAGAAGAGGCCGGACAUUCUGAAGCACGAGAUGAAGGUGUUCUUCGUCAAGUACAACGAUCCGAUCUACGUGAAGCUGGAGAAGCUGGACAUCAUGAUUCGGCUCGCGACGCAGGCGAACAUCGCACAGGUUCUCGCUGAGCUGAAGGAGUAUGCGACAGAGGUGGACGUGGACUUUGUGCGCAAGUCGGUGCGAGCGAUCGGACGCUGCGCGAUCAAGGUGGAGCAGUCGGCCGAGCGCUGCGUCUCUACCCUGCUCGACCUCAUACAGACGAAGGUCAACUACGUCGUGCAGGAGGCCGUCGUCGUGAUCAAGGACAUAUUCCGGAAGUAUCCGAACAAGUACGAGAGCAUCAUCUCUACGCUGUGUGAGAACCUGGACACCCUGGAUGAGCCGGAAGCGAGGGCGUCGAUGAUCUGGAUCAUCGGGGAGUAUGCUGAGCGCAUCGACAACGCUGACGAGCUGCUAGAGAGCUUCCUCGACGCGUUCCACGAUGAGAACACUCAGGUGCAGCUAGCUCUGCUCACAGCCAUCGUCAAGCUGUUCCUGAAGCGCCCGACCGAGACACAGGAGCUAGUGCAGCAAGUGCUCAGCCUAGCCACGCAGCUCUGCACUUGCAGAUCAGGAGGAGGUGCAGAGGAUGAGAAGCUCGACUCUCCCCCACUGCCGCAGCCCACCUCCGUCAUUCCAUCUCAGGAUUCUCUCAUCGGUGACCUUCUCAGCUUGGACAUGGGACCGACGCAGCCCACGCAGCCGGCCCCCAGCUCUCAGGGUCAGGCCGUACAGAGCACAGCUUCCAUGGAUCUCCUCGGUGGUGGUUUCGACUACCUGCUGGGACCAAGCGAAUCGCCCGUGCCGCAGCAGCAGCAGGCAUUUGGCGGAGACGCCGGUCUGCUGGGUGACAUCUUUGGUGUUGGACCAGGAUCGGGCGCGUCAGCCGGCUUCUAUGUGCCACCCAAACAGAUGUGGUUGCCGGCGGCGAAGGGGAAGGGACUAGAGAUAACCGGGACGUUCAGCCGACGCGGUGGACAGAUCGUCAUGGACGUGACGAUCAGCAACAAAGCGAUGCAGCCGAUGGAGGGCUUUGCCAUCCAGCUGAACAAAAACAGUUUCGGGCUGGUACCGGCGGCCCCGCUGAACAUACCGCACGCGAUCAACCCGAACCAGAGUACUGAUGCCUCGAUGGUGCUCAACACAAACGGACCUGUACAGAAGAUGGAUCCGCUCACCAACAUACAGGUGGCGAUAAAGAACAUCGUGGAUGUGUUUUAUUUCGCCUGCAUCAUUCCGAUCCACGUCUUCUUCACCGAGGACGGACAGAUGGACAAGCGAGUGUUCCUCGCGACGUGGAAAGACAUUCCCGCUCAGAACGAGGUCCAGUACACCCUCAGCAACAUGAUGCUUGGUGCAGAUACAACAGUGCUCGAUGCCGUCUCAAACAAGCUGCAGCAGAAUAACAUCUUUACGAUAGCGAAGCGAAACGUGGAGGGACAGGACAUGCUCUAUCAGUCUCUGAAGCUGACAAAUGGCAUCUGGGUGCUCACCGAGCUGAAAAUUGCACCGGGCAACCCCAACUAUACUAUUUACAUGACACUUCGCUUCCAUAUGCAAAUGCUGUCACUGAAGUCCAGAGCCAGCGAGGUGGCCCCGACUGUGUACCAGGCGUUCGAGACCAUUCUUCGGCAGCAGUAGAGAGGAUGCGCACGAUAGGGGAAUAGAUUUAUGGGGAGCAGGAUUCUGUCGAAGACACGCUGGGUGAGCGGGUUGGUUGGUGACGCUUCGACUUCUGCGGCGAGAAUACGAAAGAUGCGGACUACGGUGAUCUAGUGCUUGCGCCUAAUUGGUGUGUUUACACAAGACACCCACUGUGAAUUAAAUAGUUAUGUUGAAGCCAUACACGUGUAAUCGCUGGUCUACAGAAGUGAAUUAACGUUGUCUGUGAGAAAGCUUUACAUAAUUUCGAGCACCAAGCGUUACGUGUUUAUUUCAUUAGAGUGGCAUGAUGUAAUUAAGACACGUGCGAUUACGCUUCUGGGUUUAGUCAAUGUAUGAAGAAACUAGUAGGUUCCUUGGCUACAGUGUGUGCACAUGUUUACAAAAUUGUUUAAUAUUUUAACAAUUCGAAAUUGCAGCAAUAAUCUUUUAGUACAAUGUGACUUCAUGUAGGACGUCUCAGUGAACGACAUGUUAGUAUUCAUUUAUAAUUAUCUUCGUUUACUAAGAUGUUUAGAAUGGCAAAAUAGACCUCCUAGCUAACUAUACAUAAUCAUUAGAACCAUUUAAAAUUGCCUAACAUUAUAAAGCAAAUGUUACAGAACUUGUAAAUUUGGUACAGUCUGUGGUCAGCAGGUUAAUAAUACCGUAAAAGGUAGUAGUUGCAAGAAUCACGAUGCAGGUACAGUAGCGCCUGAGAAUUUAUUCGGUGAACAUUGUUAUGUAUAUGACGUGUGUAAUGAAAUUUGUUCUGAGAAAAUAUAAAUAUCUGUAUGUGAAUCCUA